GGUGCGCCGCGCCGGGGCCGCCCCCAGACCCCGUCCCGGGGCCGCGGGUGCGCGCAGCAGCCGGCGCGAGGCCCGGCCCAGCCCGCUCGGCCCGACUCGGCUCCGGUCGGUUCGGCUACUCUCGGCUACUCUCGGUUACUCUCGGUUCGGCUCGGCUCGGCUCGCUCGUCUCGGUUCGGCCCGGCCCGCUCGGCUCCGUUCGGCUUCAUUCGGCUCCGUUCGGCUCCGCUCGGCUCGGUUCGGCUCUGCCCGGCUCGGUUCGGCCCCGUUCGGUUCGGCUCUGCCCGGCUCGGUUCGGCCCCGUUCGGUUCGGUUCGGCUCGGCUCGGUGCGUUUCGGUUCGGCUCGGCCUGCCCUGCCCGCUCUCCUCCGCACCGGCCCCGGUACCAGGCCCCGGUAACGCCCCGGGAAGCGGGGGCGGUGAGCAUCCUCCCGCGGGCUCCGUCCGCAGCAGGGCCGGGACCGGGGGGCCGGGACGAGCCGGGGGGGGGGCGGCCGGGGCCGCCUCCGCAGCGCGGGGGGAGCGGGGUUGCGGCGCGCGGGAGGCCUGGGACGAGCCGCGACCCGGGUGGGCAGCGACCCACGGGCACGCCGUGACACGGGGUGACAAAGCCACCCCGCGCCGUGACACCGGGUGGGGACCAAGCCUGGUACGUGCUGUGACAUUGGGUGACCAAAGCCACCCCACGCUGCCACACCGGGUGACCGAGCCGCCCCGUGCCGGGACACCAGGUGAGCAGCCAGCCCGGCGCAUGCCGUGACACCGGGUGACCAAAGCCACCCCGAGCAAGCCAGCCCCGGAGGUCGCGGGCAUGCCGGCGCCCCAUCCCCAGCACCCGUGCGACACCACGGGGCAGAACGUGGUCAUGGGGAGCACUGGGGGGCGGGGGACCCCGCUGCCACUAACGCCACUGCUGCUGGUGCUGGCGCUGCUGUCACCGUGGGGGUCCGCCGGCGGGAGCUGCCCCCCGCGCUGCAUCUGCGCCUCCAACAUCCUGAGCUGCUCGCAGGCGGUGCUGAGCUCGGUGCCGGCUCCCCUGCCCCGUUUCACCGCCGUCCUCGACCUCAGCCACAACAACGUCAGCCGGCUGCGCGCCGACUGGGCACCGGGGCGGCUGGCCCACCUCCACGCCUUGCUGCUGAGCCACAACGGGCUCUCCUUUGUCUCCACCGAAGCCUUCGCCCACGUACCCCACCUCCGGCACCUGGACCUCUCCUCUAACCGUCUCCGGGCGCUGGAGGAAAACCUCUUCAGUGACCUGGCCGAGUUGGAGGUCCUCCUCCUCUACAACAAUGAGAUCUCUGCCGUGGAUCGUACUGCCUUCGAUAACCUCAGCCGUCUCCGUAAGCUUUACCUGGGGCAAAACCGCAUCGCCCGCUUCCCGUUGGAGCUGCUGCGUGACGGCAGCCGCCUGCCCCAGCUGGCCUUGCUCGACCUCUCGGCCAACCGCCUCCGCAGCUUGCCCGUUGGUGAGCUGCAGGCGCUGCCCGCCUGGCUGCGCGACCGUCUCUACCUGCACGGCAACCCGCUGGCCUGCGACUGUCCGCUUUUCCAGCUGGUUGCCCGUGGUCACCGCCGCCGUUUAAGCGCCGUGAUGGAUUUUCAGGAGGAGCUGCGGUGUUCGUUGCCGACCGCCCCGGCACCCGUCGGUAUCCUCACCCUGGCCGGCCGGCAACCACUCAACUGCAGCGAGGCGCGGGAAGCGGUGCUGGAAGCCCACCUGGGUGACACCAUCACCCUGAGCUGCGACACCCGGUUGCGGGGGGUGCGUAACCGACACUGGGUGAUGCCGGGAGGCGAGCGGGUGUUGGAGGAAGGGGGUAACGGCAGCGCCGCUCUCCUGGCAAAUGGCAGCCUGCAGCUACGGGCGCUGCGCCCCGAGGACGCUGGCACCUAUGCUUGCUGGGUGGCAGGUCCCCUCCUCAAUGAGACCCUUUACGUGGAGCUGCUGGUGCACAACUUCACCCUGCACGGUCCCCACGACACCCUCAACACCGCCUACACCACGCUGGUGGGCUGCAUCCUCAGCGUGGUGCUGGUCCUCAUCUACCUGUACCUCACCCCUUGCCGCUGCUGCUGCUGCCGCGGCGCCGACAAGCCGCCGGCUCCCCGCGACGACAGUAUCAACUCCUCCGUCCUCAGCGCCACUCCAAACCACGCCGCCGGAGUCCCCGGGGAGCCUUGCCGCUCCCGCUCAGCCUCCACCGCCGGCCCUGGGCAGAACGGCAGGUUCAAGGUGGGGGGAACCCCCCAGCCGCCCCCCCGCCACGGCCCCAAGGCGCAGAGGAAGGUGUCCGAUCCGGAUUCAGUCAGCUCCGUCUUCUCCGACACCCCCAUUGUGGUGUAGGGAGGGGGAGGACAUCGCGGGGACGGUCCCCAGGGACGCCUUGUGUCCCCAGUGGAUGCGCUGCAGGGGACAGCCUGGACCCCCACCGCCGUGGCCCCAGCUUGGGGGGGGACGACAUGCCAUGCCCCCCCCGCCCCGAGACUGAGCAUCACUGCUGUUCACCCACGCUGGCCUCUGCCAAGGUCACCACCACCACACCGGCAUGGCACCGUGGGACCGUGAGGGACGAGGGGGCUCCUGUGGGGACAGCAUGGCCACAGAAUGGCAGGGGGGGCACCGACUCCGUCACCCACCGGGCAUCGCAGGACCGUGGGUGACAGUGCCGGUAAUGGUACCCGGGCCAGCUCAGCGGGUGCCCCCCAGGGAUGGCAGCACCAGGGCACCCCCAUGCCGCGGGACCGGGAGAAGGGCCCUGGGGGUCCCCCUCCCCAGCCCACCCCCCCACACACCCUCCCCGGCAUGUGUGUCGAGAAGCAUGAGUCCCACCAGGGGGGCAUGUGCCACCCUGGCCAGCGCUCGGUGGGGGGGGGAUGACACGAGGGGCAUGUCACCCUCCCAGGUACCCACAGGGUGCAACCACCCCCCCCAACACCCUCCUGCCCCCUCCAUGCAACCCACAGCCUCAAACCCACAGGGAGUGGGACCCUGGGGGCUCCAGCACCCCAAAUAGGGGUACCCCCUGCACCCUUACAGCCCAGCCUGUGUCCCCCAUGUCACCCCCCCCGGGAUGCGUGUCCCCCCCUGUGCUGGCAGCUGCCCGCUGAUGCCUUGGCCAAAAUAAACGUGU